AUGACUGAUUCAUCAUUACUUAAGGAUAGAUCUUUCACAUCUCAUGAUGAAAAUGAAAAUAUCCAUUAUUUUUAUGGUACUUCAUCUAAAACUCCUGUUUUUACAUCAUCAUCUUCUUCAGCAGCGGCUAAAAUUAAUCAAUCAAUCCCAAUGAAAAGAAUGAAGCCAAAAUCAUCAAUUGAAUUUUAUAAAGGUUCUACUAUUGAUACUUUAAAGAAAUUGAAUGCUCAAUCUUAUGAAAAUUUACCCUUGUCAACUUUAAAACCAAUUAAACCUGCUAUAUUAGCUCGUCAAAGAUUAGUUUCUUCAUCUGUGAUUCAAAAUGCUAUAUUUAGAAGAGAACCAUCAAAUUAUACUUCAACUACUGAGGAUUUAUUCUUUGAAGCUUCCCCAGUUCUUCCAAUUAGUCCAUCAUUAGAUAAUCCCCUUAUUCAAAAUAAUAAGAUUAUUGAUGAUAAUACAAGUGAAGUUAAAUAUUUUCCAUCUCUUUUAACUGAAUCAUAUCCUCAAAUUGUGGAAGUUGAUCAUAAACCUCAUAUGAGUGAACCAUUAAGUAAUAGUAAAGAUAAAUUAUCUUUAGCCAGUAUUAAAUCAACUAGUGAUGGAACUAUUAAUGCUUUCCCAUUUUGUGAUCCAUGUUAUACAAAUGAACAAUUAAAUGAAGUUAAAUUGAUGAAUAUAUUAAAGGAAGAAAUUGAUUUACUUGAUAUAAAUGUUCAAAAAUCUCCUGUAUUUGAAUAUAUUAAAAAAUUAUUAUUUUAUAAGCAACUUAAUCAAGAUCUGGCAUGGAAUAUUAUAGGUGAUAAAGAAUCAGAAGAUGAACAAGAGAGCUUAUUUGAUUAUGAUUCUGAUGAUGAUAUUGAACAAGUUAGAUGUUUAUUAUAUGGUUAG